UAGGAAAUUAUACUCAAGCUUGUCCUCGAGGUUAGCAUUUAUCACAUGUAGUAACACAUACGGUGUCGCCAUUCACGCACUUUAUUUCGGAGACUUAGCGGCAAAAACAUUUGCUCAAACAUUUUUUUUUUUUUUUUUUGGCGGGUAUAUUGUAACUUAUCUUACCUGACUUCUACCCGAAUUCGCGCCAUCAUUCACAUUUCAGUGCUCCGCCACUCCGCAGGUGAAAAAUUACGCCGCGAAUAAACGAAUAAUCAUGGUCAAACGUACACGUACGAAUUCAAAUGAUUAUGAGUGCAUUGCGAGAAAAGUUAAAAAACUCGAACGCAUGUUAAUUCGUGCACGGCGUAAACGUAGUGAUCGACAAGGAUCUGCCGCAUCGCUGUCGCCGUCUUCCGGAUCACAAUCGUCGUCGUCCAGUUCAUCUUCGUCACGGUCCAGGUCAGCUUCACCGCGCCCGCGGAACCGCGCACCCUCAAGACCUCGUUCGUCGCAGGAGCCGAUAAUCAUUGAAGACGUGCCCGACAACGAACAGGAAUCCAGUGUAAGGGUCAUCCACCCCGCGCCCGUCCGGCCAACGGAAAGAUUGGCCACACCUCUUCAGAUGCGCGCAGCAGAGAGCCCAGCAGCGCCUGCUCCACCGCUGACGAGAAGGUCUGCGCCUGCUUUACUUUCGACAAGCGCCGAGCCAGCCCCGACCCCACAAUUAUGCGUCGCUCAGGAGGUAAACAACUCACCAACAUCGUUGCCGCUAGGCGAGCCAGCUAUGGACGCCUCUGACGCAAUGGAUCUCGACGAAGAUCUCCUUAAAAUAUUAGGGGACGACCCCUCUCAAGUCAGAGUCUACGGCAAGGAGAUCAGACCUGAUCUUGCAGUACGCUUGCAACAUAUAGCUACUAAUGGGCUAGGUAAAGAUACACGUAAGGAACUUUUAGACAGGUACUUACCUCCUGCAAAUAGCGCCUUGAUUGAUGCACCUACCCUCAAUCCUGAGGUAAAAGCCGGCGUCCAUGAACAUGUCUUUAAGAGGGACAAAAGCAUAGAAAUACGACAGAAACAGAUUUCAUCUGCAAUUUCCGCCUUAUCAGAGAGCCUUACCUUGCUCUUGACUGAACAACCAAAGAACACAAAGCUGAUACAGCUAUUAAUGGACUCUUGUAAGAUUCUAUGUGACAGUCAGCACGCAGAAUCGUUAGUUAGGAGGAACUUUAUUCUUCAUAACUUAAAGAAGGAGCUUAAAGACGAAUUACAAACAACCAAAAUUGACAAGUUACUCUUCAGUCACGAACUUGCGGAAAAAAUAAAAGCCGCUAAGGCCAUAAAUAAAUCAGGAGAUGAUUUGAAAGCCACACCAUCGACCUCAGGUCUGCAGGCUAAGAAGAACAAUAAUAAUAAAGUACCCCCCAAGAAUUUAAACUGGCGAGGUCCUCCCCAGAAUUAUUACAGGCCGAAGGGUACUCAGAGGACGAAGGAGCCUGCACUGAAGAGCCGUCGCGACAACUCCUCGAGAAAAUCAUCGCAUCCGCAUCACAGGCGCAGCACCCGCCGAUAGAUAUGGUAAAGUUUGCCGGCCGCUUAGCUCACUUCAGCUAUCACUUCACUUCAGUGGUCACUUCUAACUAACGACAAAAUUAUACUCUCGUGGAUACAAGGUUAUCAAAUACCCUUUUCAAGGCCUGUCGUACAGCGUACGCCACCUGCCCCUAGGGCGUAUUCUGAUUCAGAGAGAACACAGUUCCGACAUUCUGUUAGCGACCUACUAUGCAUAGGCGCCAUUUCGGAAUGUCAGAGCUGUGAAGGCCAAUUUAUAUCCCCAGUUUUUUUGGUACCUAAACCGAACGGAAAAAUGAGAUUUAUCUUAAAUUUGAAAGAGCUAAACAAAUUUAUAAAUACAAAACAUUUUUAAACUUGAAGACCUACGCACGGCCUUGAAAUUAAUAUCUAAGGAUAGCUAUAUGUGUAACCUAGAUCUCAAGGACGCGUACUUUUUAAUACCAAUACAUGGAUAUUUUAAAAAGUACCUUAGAUUUACUUUCCAAAAUAAAUUAUAUCAGUUCAAUGUCUUGCCGUUCGGUUUAAACAACGCACCUUAUGUUUUCACUAAAAUUAUGAAGCCAAUCAUUAGUCUGCUUAGAUCUUGCGGCUAUCUGUCCACCGUGUACCUUGACGAUUUGUUAUUGAUAUCUAGGUACCCUAAUACAUGUCUAGAAAAUGUAUCAGACACUAUAAACCUUUUACAAUCCCUAGGUUUCAUUGUAAACCAUGAAAAGAGUAAUUUAACACCUCAUGCGAGUUGUAAAUUUUUGGGAUUCAUCAUAGACUCAAAAAAUUUAGAGGUUACUUUACCACUGAAAAGAAAUUGAAAAAAUUAAAUCUGAAAUGAACACAUUCCGUAAUUAGAAACGUUGUUAAAUUAGAGAUUUUGCUCGUGUUAUGGGUUUACUUACUUCGGCAUGCCCAGCUGUCGAAUAUGGUUGGCUUUACACCAAAGAACUAGAGCGUUGUAAAUAUUUAAAUGUAAUUGAUGAUGACAAUUUUGAUAAGUAUAUGACAAUUAUGAUAAGUAUUGUCUAGAGAUCUAUAGUGAUGCCUCAACUAUGGGAUGGGGGGGCCGCCUGUGGUAACGACCGGGGUAGUGGGUUGUGGAGCGCCGAAGAACGCUCACAACACAUAAAUUAUUUAGAGAUUUUGGCCGCCUUUUUUGGACUUAAAGUUUUCGUAAAGUCUUAUCAUGACUGUCAAAUUCUGUUAAGAAUUGACAAUACAACGGCUAUUUCCUACGUUAACCGCAUGGGUGGUGUACAGUUUCCACACCUUACAGACGUAACAAGAAAGUUAUACUUUGUUCGCAUCUUACAUAAGCUCUGCUGAUAAUGUUAUCAGCGUCUGCGAUUAUGUAAUCGCAGACGCUGAAUCUCUUCGAGUCUAUCCAGAUAUAGAGUGGGAACUGUCACAAUAUUAGUUUCAAAAAAUUGUAAAAGAAUUCGGAUCUCCUUAUAUAGAUAUUUUUGCAAGUAGAAUUAACAAAAAAUGUAAAAAAUAUAUUUCAUGGCACAGGGAUUCUGAUGCCUUUAAUAUAGAUGCAUUUACAGUGCCGUGGUCAAGUUUCUAUUUCUACGGCUUCCCGCCUUUUGCAGUCAUUCUUAAGACACUAAGAAAAAUAAUAAAUGACAAAGCUCACGGAAUUAUCGUAGUCCCACUUUGGCCCACUCAACCGUGGUACCCAUUGUUCAAAGCCUAUUAGCUUCUAAACCUUUAUUUUUUCAAACCGAAUAAAGAUCUUAUUAUCUCUCAUUCCAGCAACCGAGAUAUUCACCAAAAGAUUACCCUGGUUGCAGGGAUCUUAUCAGGACGUCGAUGAUGAAGAAAUUUGUACCAGAAUCUGCAAUAUGCAUUAUGCUGGCCUCUCUGUCAAAUAGCUCACUAAAACAAUAUGAUUCUUGUCUCAAGAAAUGGUUUUCUUUUUGUAUUAAUAAUCAAGUAGAUGUUUACCAAGCAUCUGUUCCAAAUGUGAUUUCUUUUUUAACUGAUUUGUACCACUCUGGUGCUCAAUAUGGAACACUAAAUAGUUGCCGGUCUGCUCUUUCAUUAAUCUUAGGUGCAGACAUAGGCAAUGAUAAUCGUAUGAAACGUUUUUUCAAAGGCAUAUUUCGCUUACGUCCACCUUUACCAAAAUAUAGCAUGACCUGGGACACAUCUGUAGUUCUGAACUCUCUUGCAAAUUGGUAUCCAAAUGCAACUCUUAAUUUAGAAAAAAUAUCGAAAAAACUUGUAACGCUUCUAGCUUUAACAACAGCACAUCGAGUUCAGACUCUUUCCAAAAUUAACAUUAAGAACAUUGAGUUUCAUGUCAAUGAAAUUCAUAUAAAAAUUCCAGAUUUAAUAAAAACUUCGCGCGUUGGUGUUGCACAACCAACUCUUGUUUUACCAUAUUUCCGAGAAAGGCCGGAAAUAUGUCCAUGUGCUGCUUUACAUUCUUAUUUAGAUGUGACAAAAACUCUUCGUAGUAGUGAUGUCCUAUUUGUAAGCUUGAAUAAACCACACAGAGCAAUAACUUCCCAAACCUUAAGUAGGUGGAUUAAGAAUACUUUGCAAGAAAGUGGUAUUGAUAUAUCAAUAUUUACAGCCCACAGCACAAGACAUGCUGCGACGUCUAGGGCUCAUAGAUUAGGAGUCAAUUUAGAUGUAAUAAGGAAAACUGCUGGGUGGAGUGGUACCUCCAGCACGUUUGGACGCUUUUAUAAUAGAAUUAUUGUUAAAAAUAUCAAUUCCUGUACCUUGGCAAGAAGUAUAUUAAAUGAUUCAUUGUGUGACAAUUAACAAGGUGAUAAAAUAUUGUUUAAUUAUUUUCUGUUUGAUCUUACAGUUGUCCAUAAUUGGACUAAGAAUACAUUCUCUUUAUAAUGAUUAA